AUGUUAUUUAGACUAAUGCAUAAAGGAGCGCUUUUACGCCUGAGGAUUCCAACAAGGCAAUUGUGUAAUACUUCAAGACUACGACUUCCUAGGUCGAAUAGGACACGUAUUGCAAGUGAAAUCCCGGAAGAUGAGGUAAAAACUUAUAUGAAGCAAAGACUGGCCAAUUCAGCAAGCAAAGGCCAAGAGGAUUUCUACUAUCAUGAAAAUCCAUCUUCCAAAUACAGCGAGUUCAAGAACGAUCCCUCGUCCAAUCGGACUACAUUUAGCGUCCCACCAAACAAGAACGGCUUGAUUACUCCGGAAGAUGGGAUAUAUGACAUGUUAAAGGAACCAACCUUAGUUAUAGAGAGGCAAAUUGAGAUGAUGAACGUGUUUUUAGGGUUUGAGCAAGCCAACAGGUAUAGGAUAUUGAACUCAAUGGGCGAACAGGUUGGAUUUAUGGAAGAAAAGGAUUAUGGUUUUAUGAAGAUGUUGGGUAGGCAAUUCUUUCGCUUGCAUAGGCCGUUCGAAUUAGAAGUAUUUAAUAACUAUGGUGACUUAUUGAUGGUAAUAAAGAGACCAUUUUCAUUCAUUAAUUCACAUAUAAAGUGUUUUUUGCCUGGAUACGAUAAUCAAGGUAACGUGAUGUUGGAAGAACUUGGAGAGUCAAUUCAAAGCUGGCAUUUAUGGAGACGAAGAUAUAACCUCUUUAAGAUGGAAGAAGAGGAGCCUGUAGAGUUUGACCAGUUUGGUGCAGUAGAUGCCCCAUUCUUGUCUUUUGAUUUUCCGGUAACAAAUAAUGAGGGAGAUGUAAUCGCAUCAGUUGAUCGAAACUGGGUAGGGUUAGGUAGAGAGCUUUUCACAGACACUGGAGUAUAUAUUGUGAGAAUGGAUCCAGCAAGUUUCGCUGGAUUAGGUGACAUGUACCCGUCAGUAGCGGGACCUUUGACGUUGGACCAGAGAGCAAUUUUAUUGGGAACUGCCGUCAGCAUUGACUUUGAUUACUUCUCUAGGCAUAGUCGUGGUGGAGGUCUUUUCACUUUUGGUGAUUAUGAAUGA